GCUUUUUAAUAGGUGGGAGGCUUCUUUCUGUCUCUAAAAAAGUAGCAAAAAGCCAAAGUUUUCAGCUAGAUAAUGGAGGAGCAGAAUUACAUGAGUCACAUGGCAGAGCUCACGCUCUGAGUAAUGAAACAGGACACCACUGAAGGAAAAGUCAGAUGAGUUGAAACAUAAACACACAGAGGAAAGGAAGGAGACAGAGAGGAAAAAAAUCUCUCAGCAGGCACAGCUAAAAGGACCCAGGUAACGGGCAGCAACUUUGGAAACAUCUAGUGCCUCAAUGAACGUCUAGCUGGAGAUAGAGAGAAGAGGCCGGAGACCAUCGGAGAGACAGGCCAAGACUCAUAAAAUAAUCCUCUGGCUCAGAAGGCACCUAGAAGUGAUAACUGGAUUUCAGCCAUGAUCGCGUCACUGUGGAAAGCUUAUGUGGAAAUCCUGACGCUCUGUGUCCUCCAGACCAGUGCUCUGGAGAGCUUUAUCGCGGCUGUGUAUGAGCACUCCGUGAUAUUGCCUGUUAGAACCUCCAAACCUGUUUCCUAUGAAGACGCCUUAAGUUUGAUGAACCAAAACAUGAUUGUUUUGGAGAGAGCUAUCAAGUCUGCAGCUGAACAGGGGGCUCAUAUCAUUGUGACUCCAGAAGAUGGCAUCUAUGGGUGGUCCUUCACCAGGAACACCAUCUACCCCUACCUGGAAGACAUCCCGGACCCUCAGGUCAAUUGGAUUCCAUGCACUGACCCCAACAGAUUUGGACACACACCGGUGCAGGAACGACUGAGCUGUCUCGCCAAGAACCACUCCAUCUACUUGGUGGCCAACAUUGGAGACAAGAAGCCAUGUAACGCCACUGACCCCCGGUGCCCCAGGGAUGGUCGAUACCAGUACAACACCAAUGUGGUCUUCGGUGAAGAUGGGAAGCUGGUGGCACGUUACCACAAGCAACACCUUUUUCUCAAUGAAGAUCAGUUUGACACUCCCAGGGAGCCAGAGUUUGUGACAUUCAACACAUCUUUUGGAAAAUUUGGCCUUUUCACCUGCUUCGAUGUCCUCUUCCAUGACCCGGCGGUGGCCCUGGUGAGCAGAUUUCAGGUGGACACGGUGCUGUUCCCGACAGCCUGGAUGAAUGUCCUGCCACUCUUUUCUGCAGUGGAAUUUCACUCGGCUUGGGCAAUGGGGAUGGGAGUCAAUUUUCUGGCUUCCAAUACCCACAAUACCAGUAACCGUAUGACAGGCAGUGGUAUCUACGCUCCAGAUUCUCCCAAGGUCUAUCAUUAUGACAUGAAAACAGACAAUGGAAAACUCCUCAUUUCAGAACUGGCCUCACAUCCCCGCCUCUCCCCCACUUAUCCACCGGCAGUGAAUUGGAGUGCCUACGCCAGCAGUGUGGAAGCAUUCCCUAUGGAUCAGAAAGAAUUUAAAGCCUCUCUUUUCUUUGACAUGUUCACAUUCAUGGAACUUGCUAAAGAUACAGGAAAUUACACAGUGUGUCAGAAAGACCUCUGCUGUCUUCUAAGCUACAAGAUGGCAGAGAAGAGAACAGACGAAGUCUACGCUCUUGGUGCUUUUGAUGGGCUUCACACUGUUGAAGGGCAAUAUUAUCUACAGGUAUGCACUGUGGUAAAGUGUAAAACUACCAGCUUGAAAACUUGCGGGGAGCCGGUGGAAACUGCUCUGACCAAGUUUGAAAUGGUAUCCUUAAGUGGCACAUUUGGGACUCAGUAUGUCUUCCCAGAGGUUUUGCUAAGUGGGAUCCAGCUCGCCCCAGGAGAAUUUCAGGUAUUAAGUGAUGGGCGUUUGGUAAGCGAGAACGGACUAUCUAAACCUGUGUUGACAGUGACUCUCUUUGGGAGGUGGUAUGGAAAGGACUCAGCCACAGAUUCUUCGGUGGAUUUCAUCGGACAAUCAUUCAUGAUGAUAGUAAUGAUUCUGUGUUCCUAUUACAUGUUCAUCAACUGAGACAGAAAGUUGUAACAGUGUAUUUCUCCUACCAUUCUUUUAGCUCAUGGCUGUUGGAGGGAAGGCGAGAAUUCCUAUUAACCUGCCCUCGUCAAUGCUACUGCUUAAAUGAAGGGGAAUUCCAAGCCCAAUCUAAUACCUAUGCUUUUCUUUACUUAGUGAUGAGCGAUUAUUAAAUCAAAAUAGCACACCUGGUGGUAAUGGAGCUGGAAGUCUUUUUGGCAAGAAUUGCUCUCUCCUUUGAAAAAGACACAUUGAUGACGUUAAACCACACUAGCAGUCAUUAAAAGCACUCUUUUUCCUCUAUGUCAUGGGUAUGUGUUGAUUGGCAACAUACAACAGUACCCAUCAUGAACGUUAUUUUACUCAGGAAGUAAUAAACAUCCAAUGGCUUGUCUUGGUAAGCCAUUUACCAAGGUUUCUUUUUAGAGCUCUCUGUUAUAUUUAGAAUGAUGUAUUCCAACUUUAUGGAUAUUAUCAGUUUAAAACUUGAAUUUUUGGGUGUUAGAGAAAUGGAACUAUGGAAAACAUUAUCUUUACAAAAUGCCAUCCAUAUAGUCCUGUGUGUUUAAAUGAAAUUGUUGCAAAGCAGGUGACAUACCUCUAUGUGGACAAUAUAAACACAGCAUAUUAUUUCUAAGACAAGAGAGUCAAAUCCAGUGAUCUCUUUUCUUUUUCUAGCUCUUCUAUCAUAUUCUGAAUGAUGUACUUCAUCUCUUCUCUUUAUGGAAGUUAUCAGUUAAAAACUUUGAUUCUUGGGUGUUAGAAAAAUGUACCUUUUAUGCACAGUGUCUACAUUUGCCCGAGUUGAUAUAUAUCUUUCUCAUGGACUGGGUAAUACAAUCAUUAAAGAUGACAAACUCGACUAAGCCAAAGAGCUCAAUCCAGACACUUGAUCAAAGAAGUGAGCAAAAAAUGUGAUGGUCAUAGCUGGUCUGUGCAGUGUAAGAAAUGACACCUCUUCUGUGAUACAUUGGAGAAUUAUUUAUCCCAAAUUGAGGCAGGAUGGUCUACCAGAAGGAAAGAGGUACCACUACAGGGAUUUUAAAACCUUACAGGGGAUUAAAUAUUAUGACAGGCAGUGGGGAACAGGUAAUGGAAACUCAGUGUUUCAGCAACUCUAUCAACAGGAGCAGGUGAAGAGAAGCCCAGGCUCUGAGGCAUGAGAAUAAGUUUCUUAUGUCAAAUUUAUUGCUGCUCUUAUUGCUGUCUACUCCACCAGAAGGACAGCUGAGGGGUGUGUGUGUUUGCCAUGUAUGAGUGUGUUUGCCUGCUGUGUGUGUAUGUGUGUGUGUAUAAGAGGAAUUGUCUGGAGGAGAGAGGGAGAGGUAUGCCAGGAAGAACUUGUAGGAUGGGCCCCAGGAUUACAGCAUUUCAGAAAAACUAAGGGCACUCAGGCAGUGGAAAUUUCAGAGGUUUAUGGUUUUGUCAAUAACCUAGGCAAACACAGUUGAUUUGGAAGGGGAAUUGAAAAGUUUCCUAGAGGCAAGGGAGGAGACUGGAUAGCUGGAGGUCUGAGGUCCGUACUGACAUUUAAGGGAUGAAAUGAAGAGUACAAGGUGUGCACAUACUAUUAGAGAAUCUAGCUCUCUGACUCUAUCUCCAGCUCUGAAAACUGCUUCACUGUAGAAUUACGAUAAAUCUCACAGGAAGAGCUCUCCCAAGGUAAAUAUUUCAUUCUUUGGAACUUUGCCCUCCAGUCAAAGCAAACAAAUCCCACCUGUCAGUGAUGCGAGAGAUCACACUGAGCAGACAGUAUUUUGUCAAAUCUUUUGUCUUGGUAGUGGAAGGGUGAAGACUCCAGCAGAACUAUGAAAUACAUCACCUUUACAAAAUACCAUUCAUAUAGUCAUGUAUAUUUAAAUGAAACUGUGGCAAAGCAGGUAACAACUUAUCUUUGUGUGAAUAAAGUACAGUAUCUUUUUUCUAA